UAUCAUGGAUAUAGAUUAGGAGGUGUUAUAGGUGAUCAAGUUUAUAUUAAUAAUCAUUUGACAUUAAAAUUAGGAUAUCACGAACAUGGAGAAAAUCAAUUUAGAGUAGUAGAAUUUGAAGUGGAAGCUCGAUCAGUAGAUAUAAGUAAAUUGAAUUAUGAUGGAAACAAGUGUAUAUUACCAGCUGAAACAAGCCCUCAAUUUAUUAAUCCUAAAGGUACUAGAUUGUUAUUCUUAUAUUCCGUGAAGUGGAAAAAAUCAGAUGUGAGUUGGGCAAGCAGAUGGGACACAUAUCUAGGAAUGAAUGAUGUUAAAAUUCAUUGGUUUUCUAUUAUAAAUUCACUCAUUGUAGUGUUUUUCUUAUAUGGUAUUCUUAUCACGAUCAUGGUAAGAACUCUUAAAAGAGAUAUAGCUCGUUACAAUGCAGGUGAUAAUGAUAGUCUAGCUGGCUUAGACGAAAGUAUUGAAGAAACUGGUUGGAAAUUAGUACAUGGAGAUGUUUUUAGACCACCUCCUAAUUCACGUUUGUUUGCUGCUGUUAUAGGCAAUGGCAUUCAAAUAUUUUUUAUGGCACUUAUUACAAUAUUUUUUGCCAUGCUUGGAAUGCUUUCACCAGCAAGUAGAGGAGCAUUAGGAACUUGUGCUAUAUUUUUAUUUGUAUUUUCUGGAUCAAUUGCUGGAUAUUUUUCUGCACGUCUGUAUAAAACAAUGCGAGGACGAGAAUGGAGAAGAGCUGCGUUAUUGACAGCAACACUUUAUCCUGGUAUAGUAUUUACUACAUGUUUUUUUCUAAACUUCUUCAUAUGGGGAAAACACAGUUCAGGAGCAGUUCCAUUUACAACUAUGUUAGCAUUACUUUGCCUAUGGUUUGGCAUUUCACUUCCCUUAGUAUAUCUCGGAUAUUUCUUUGGUUAUCGUAAACAUCCGUUUACACAUCCUGUUAGAACAAAUCAAAUUCCCAGACAAAUUCCAGAUCAAUUAUGGUAUAUGAAUCCAAUAUUUUGUACGUUGAUGGCUGGCAUAUUACCAUUUGGUGUUGUCUUCAUAGAAUUGUUUUUUAUUUUGACAGCAUUAUGGGAAAAUCAAUUUUAUUAUCUUUUUGGAUUUUUAUUUUUAGUAUUUUGUAUUCUUGUCAUUUCUUGCUCUCAAAUAUCUGUAGUCAUGGUAUAUUUGCAACUUUGUGCAGAAGAUUAUAGAUGGUGGUGGAGAAGUUUUAUAGUUAGUGGUGGAUCAGCUGUAUAUAUGUUAGCAUAUUCAAUUUUUUACUUUAUGACCAAAUUAGAAAUAACAGAAUUGGUUCCAACGCUGAUGUAUUUUGCAUAUACAGCAUUAAUGGUGCUUACAUUUUGGUUGUUAACUGGUACAAUUGGUUUCUUUGCUGCAUAUGCUUUCAUUCGCAAAAUAUAUGCAGCAGUUAAAUAGACUAGUCGCAAUUGU